GUGAGAAAAGAAGAGAAACUAUGUACAGAGACCUUGUAGAAACGAAUUCCUUGUUUCACUGUUGUGAUUUUCUAUCGUUAACGUACUGGCUCUUGGUUACAUUUUAUUGAGGUCAUUUUCGAAAGAGACGUGAACUUGUAGCUUUGUUGAAAUAUAAUAAAUGCAUUUCGUCUGUACGCGACAAGGACCCGUCGCACCGGGUUUAUUUAAUUUGCAUUGUUGUCAUACAUGUAUAUGAUGACCGAGGGAACGAACAAAUGGAGCAUUGAGGAGCGGGAGAAGAUAUUGACCUCUGGAACGUUAGAUCAGAGAAAAGAGGCUUUCAAAGAUGAUGACGAAUUAAUGAGAGAAACUACAAAGUUUGUAAGCGAAGUUAUAGAAAUGGCAGCUACGGAGGCUUCUAAGAAGAAUGUGCAUUCAGAGAAAAACAGUGCAAACGAAGGAUCUAGACUAAAAGGUACCGAUAGUAUCGCUGGCUGGAACCAUCGUGUACGUGGGUUCUGCAAUCGAAUACUGAACGCGCUCUGCCCAUGCUUCAACAGCAAUGAAUUAUUCGCCUGGACACCGUACCGGUAUCGCUUCACGAGACCUUAAUUGGUCGCGCUGCCUUCCGGAAUUACCGUAUGUAUGUACAAUGCAAAACAACUACAGAUUUGAUUACUAUGCCACUGAAAAAAA